GAUCGAUAUCGAUGGAUCGAUCCUUGGAAUACCGGCUGCAAUUCCCCGAAAGGAGAUACAAGGCAGUGGCGAUGGAGUUCCUAGUGGAGAAUUUGGCUGGUUGCGCUCUGAAGUGUCUCCACACCGACCCCCAAGCUCCAUGUGGCUGUUUCAAUUUUCGACCGUCAGACCGAUCAUGUCAGGUGAUCGUCUCUGGAGAUGAAGAAAUGGUUCCAGCCGAAGACUAUUGGGCGUUCACACGCCUUUAUCCAGAGUGCCGGAAAACAGAGAGAGGCAAGGAGUACGUGGGAAGACGAAAUAAGACUGUGACGGGGAAGGAUUGCCUUAGAUGGGAUUCCAAGCCCAACGGGAAACCCAAUGACUUCGUGGCCACGCUUCUUUACGAGGAGCAUUUCUUCAAUGAGGACCCAGGCUCCCAUGAAAACUAUUGCAGAAAUCCAACUUUGAAGGAAAGACCUUGGUGUUUCAUCUCGGAUUCUAAAAUCGAGUGGGAAUUCUGUGACAUCCCCCUCUGCGAAGAUCAAGUUCCACUGGAGUGCAAGCUGACGCAGAAAGGUGGAGAAUAUAUGGGAACCAAGAACAGCACCAUUUUAGGGAUCCCAUGCAAGCCAUGGUUGAAAAUGCCAUUGUCAAGCCAAUAUCGCAAAUGGAGCCAGAGAAUCCCUGCGUUCUCAGAUGAAGUGCAAGAAGGGCACAAUUACUGCAGGAAUCCCGGGGGUCGUCCUGCCGGGCCUUGGUGCUACUACGGCACCUUGGAACAUGAAUGGCAGUACUGCGACGUCCCCUUCUGUUCUCUUCCAGAACGAGAAACGAGUCAAAUUCCAAAAUUUGGAGCGAUUUACCCAAAUUGUCGAAUGACGAAAAUGGGCAGGGAGUACAUGGGCAAUGUUAAGACAAGCGAGACAGGGAAGCCGUGCAUGAGAUGGGGUGAAUUCCAAGGCAAGGAACGAUUCCCAAGCGUGAUGGCGAAGCACUUCCCACUCUCAGUGGAUCCCAAACAAAUAAUUCCUUACUUUCAGUUGUUCAUUAAUAAGAAAUUUCUCGAUGCUUUGAAUUACUGUCGAAACCCGGGAUCGGGAGAGAGACCAUGGUGUUUCGUCUCCAAGAAUCCUUCUAUUGAAUGGGAAUACUGUGACAUACCCUUCUGCGACGACCUUGUUCCAAUGGAGUGCAAGCUGACGCAUUACGGCGGAGAAUAUCAGGGGAAAAAGAACGUGUCCAGGUCAGGGAACCCGUGCCUUCCAUGGCUGAGCCGAGUUUCAAGUAUCAACCAAUAUGACAAUGUUCUACCGGCCUUCUCGGAUUCCCUGGACAGUAGACACAAUUUUUGCCGCAAUCCGGAUGGAGCUGUCCCCUCACCAUGGUGUUGGACUACCACACCUGGCAACGAUCCCAAAAUGGAGGAAUGCGACAUCCCUUUUUGCUUUGAGCUCCUCCUGGAACAUCCAAGCAACUGUGAGUGUGUGGAUGUUUUCGAUGGUUUUCCUUUCAUCUUAUGGUUUAAAGGGUACCUGGAUGAAGAGAGACGCGUUUAUCCACAAUGUCGUCUAACGGAGAUGGGUACGGAAUACGUGGGGUCGAUGAACAAGACAGAACAAGGAAAAAACUGCCUUCGGUGGGACAAAUUGCUACACGGGGAUAGGAUGCGAAACCCCACUGACCACCCUCCUUCAAUGUCUUGCAAGCAUUUUUUGUACGCUGACCCACAGUAUCACAAGAACUACUGCCGGAACCCGACGUUGAAGAUGAAGCCUUGGUGCUACGUUUCUGACUCUCCUAUCCAAUGGGAAUACUGCGACAUCCCAUUUUGUGACAGCAGGACUCCGCCGGAGUGCAAGUUGACUGUGAGUGGUGGGGAAUAUGCAGGGAGGAAGAACGAGACGAAUUGGGGGCUACCAUGUCAAAGUUGGAACAUCUCUGGGAACCACGGUUUCAUUGAGGAGAUGAACAGAUGGGCUGCAUUCUCAGACAACGUACUAGAGGAUGGUAAUGCCAUAUGCGCUAAACGCACAAAGACCAUAUGCUAUGCACGAAAGAACCAUAUCGACUUUCAAUUGCCCUUCAACAUGACGAGUGCAUGGAUGUGUUCCCUGUAUCUAUCCAUCCACCUAUUUCCGGGAGUGGACCCAUUGGAUCGAUCCUUGGAAUAUCGCUUGCAAUCCCCCGAAAAGAGAUAUAGAGCGGUGGCGAUGGAGUUCCAAGUGGAGAAUUUGGCUCGUUGCGCUCUGAAGUGUGUCCACGACGACCUCCAACCUCCCUGUGGAGUUUUCAAUUUUCGACCGUCUGACGGAUCCUGUCAGUUGAUCGUCUCUGGAGAUAAUGAAAUGGUUCCAGCCGAAGGCUAUUGGGCGUUCACACGCUUUUCCUGUGCGAGCAUGCAUCCAAAGAUGGAAAACGUGAACGUGGUGUACAAGGGAUGGAACGGAGAUUUGCCAGCACCUCCAGGUGCGAGUGUCUUCUACACCUGCCCUCAUCCCGCGAGGUUCAGCGACGGGUCAAUCAGUCAUUAUGCCACUUGCUCCGCUCUCCUGGAAACACCCUGGAUAACCUCGUUCAACGACCGGAAUGUCCGAUGCCAACUUUCCUGUGCGAGCAUGCAUCCAAAGAUGGAAAACGUGAACGUGGUGUACGAGGGAUGGAACGGAGAUUUGCCAGCACCUCCAGGUGCGAGUGUCUUCUACACCUGCCCUCAUCCCGCGAGGUUCAGCGACGGGUCAAUCAGUCAUUAUGCCACUUGCUCCGCUCUCCUGGAAACACCCUGGAUAACCUCGUUCAACGACCGGAAUGUCCGAUGCCAAAGUGAGAAGUACCCAGAUUGCCUGCUGUCAGAGAUGGGGAAGGAAUAUAUGGGGAGCAUGAAUCAGACAGAGAUGGGGAAAUCUUGCCUAAGAUGGGAUUCUCCUGAAUUGGCUGAAUUGUUUAAUGCCGACUCUCUGGAUGGGUUCAACCCAAGCCUGUUCUACAAGGAGCAUUUCAUAAACCUGGACCCAUUUUCGCAUGAGAACUUCUGCCGUAACCCCACAUCGAAGGAGAGGCCCUGGUGCUUCGUGGAUGACGGCCACAUCCAUCCCGAGUAUUGCCGGGUUCCCCUCUGCGAAGACUUGAGCAUUCGAGAAUGCAAAGUGACGCCGAAGGGGGGAGAAUACAUGGGAAGGAAGAACGUGACUAUUUCGGGCUUCCCAUGCAAACCAUGGCAGGAUGCGGAGAACAAGGAAGAAGACAGAUUUGCUACUAUCAGCAUCUCAAGUUACCCGGAUGAAUACAAAGUCAAACACAACUACUGCAGGAACCCGAAUGGAAACCCAGGCGGUCCCUGGUGCAACAUCAAGGAUUCUGGAGGCUUAGACAUACCAUGGGAAUAUUGCGAUGUCACCUUCUGUGUGCUUGAAGACCAGGAGGAAGCAUGCGAGGCAGGGAGCCAGUGCGAGUCAAACGUAGGUGAAGUCCCACCAGAAUAUCCUGAAUGCCGCAUGACAGAGAUGGGGAAAGAAUAUAUGGGCACCCGAGGCCAAACAGAAUCAGGAAAGAUCUGUUUGCAGUGGAAAGAUAAACCGAAAAGCAAAGAAUUGGAAGACUUCAUGGUGUCCCAUCUCUCCAUCGAAGACGCAAGAUAUCCACCAUGGGAACUACGCUUGGAGGCAUGGAAUAACCUUGACUGGAACUACUGCCGGAAUCCAGGGUUCAGAAAGCGGCCCUGGUGCUUCGUCUCAUACGAUGAUCUCAGCUGGGAGUAUUGCAACAUUCCCCUCUGUCACAGUCCUAAAGAGCCAAUGGAAUGCAAAUUGACAAGUAAGGGACGAGAGUAUGCAGGCUUCACGAACGUGGCGCAGAACGGAGAGAAGUGUCAACCGUGGCUGAGCCAAACCCCAAACCAGCAUUCAACGCUCCCUUUGCUGCCGAUGUUUCCCGACCCUGGCAUCGACAGCCGCCACAGCUACUGUCGAAAUCCCAACAAUGAUGGACGUGGUCCCUGGUGUUACACCGAGACCGGGACUGGUCCCCAUCAAUGCGAAAUCCCGUUCUGU